CAAAAUAUUCAAAUUCAAAGACUUUAAAUCCGCCCGUUGUCUUCCAAAAGGAAAGACCAGAGCUUUCUCAAAUCUCGUUCACUUUCUCCUGCAAAUCUCUAUCCAUCAGGUGUUUCUUUAAUGGCGAAUCAGCAAAUUGAAGAUGAUAAUAUUACAUCCUUACAACCCGGAGAAGAUAACCCUAAUCACCAUCAUCCCUACGCUUUCCAUGUCUCCGGUCCUCGCAAUCUUUCUUCUCCAAAUUGGAAAGAUCUAAUCAACUCUAGCUGGAAAGAUGGAAAUUACAAGAGAAUGGUAAUGGCUUGUUUUAUACAAGCUGUUUAUCUUCUUGAACUCGAUAGACAAGAGAAAAGAAAAACAGAAGAAAAUGCUCUUGCUCCAAAAUGGUGGUUACCCUUUAAAUACAAAUUAAUCAAAACCUUAAUCGAUGAAAGAGACGGAUCAAUAUUCGGUGCAGUUCUAGAAUGGGAUAGAUCCGCCGCCUUAUCUGAUUUCAUCUUCAUGAGACCUAGUGGUGCUCCGAGAGCUGUUUUAGCACUUAGAGGAACUCUACUUAAAAGUCCCACCUUUAGAAGAGAUAUAGAAGAUGAUCUUCGUUUUCUUACAUGGGAAAGCUUAAAAGGUUCGAUUCGAUUUAAGGUUGCGUUUGAUGAGUUGAAAUUGAUUACAGAUAAAUACGGAAGUAACAAUGUUUGCAUCGCUGGACAUUCUUUGGGUGCUGGAUUUGCUCUUCAAGUUGGGAAAGCAUUAGCUAAACAGGGUGUUUAUGUUGAGGCUCAUUUGUUUAAUCCGCCGUCUGUUUCAUUAGCGAUGAGUUUGAGAAACAUAGGAGAAAAAGCUGCGUUUGUUUGGAAGAGGUUUAAGAAAUCUAUGAGUAAUGAAGAAGAAGAGGCGGCGGCGGCGGCGGCGGCGGCAAUUGUGGAUCAGCCGCAGAUGGGUUUGAAGAAAUGGGUACCACAUUUGUAUGUGAAUAACAGUGAUUACAUAUGUUGUUAUUAUACAGAUCCUAAAGUGGCGGCGGUGAAGGUGGGUGAUGGAGAUAAGGAGAAUGUUGGGCCGCCGGCGGCGGCGGGAGGUGAGUUGGCGUCGAAGCUUUUUGUUCUUACGAAAGGGAAACAGAAGUUUCUAGAAGCACAUGGGUUGGAACAAUGGUGGUCAGAUGAUGAUAAGGAGUUUCAAUUGGCUGUUCAAACUAGUACUCUUAUAAGUAAGCAACUUCAGUCUCUGUAUAAAAAUAACAACAAUUCAUCUCCUUCUUCUAAUAAACCCUAAAAAGAUGAUGAAUUGAUGAUGAUGAUGAAGAUGAAGAGACAAGACAAUGGCAGCCUUCAAUUGUCUAUAGAAAAGAUGGGUUUUUUUUUCAAUUUGGAUGUUGCUGAUUUUUCAUGUCAAAAGUAUAAUGAUUUCAAAUAAUAGAGAACAAAAUGAAAGAUAUA